AUGUCAGAAGAUCGGUUUAAAGGUAGCAAUGGCAGUGAUCCCAGUCAAAUAUCUCAAUCAUCAACAUUGAAUGUAUUGAAAAAUUUAUUAGCAAAUACUUUGAAGUCUUCAAACUGUAUACCUAAGCAUAUUGGAUUUGUUAUGGAUGGUAAUAGAAGAUAUGCCAAAAAAAAUGAUCUGGAGAUUAAAGAAGGACACGAAGCAGGGUUUAUUAGUAUGGCUAAAAUAUUAGAACUUUGUUAUCAAGCAGGUGUUGAAACAACAACAGUGUUUGCGUUUUCUAUUGAAAAUUUUAAAAGAACAUCAUCUGAGGUUGACCAAUUAAUGAAUUUAGCUCGUAAUAGGGUCAAACAAAUAACAGAGAAUGGUGAAUUGGCUGAAACAUUCGGAGUCAGAGUUAGAGUAAUUGGUGAUCUUUCUUUAUUAUCAUCCGAAGUAUUGGAAGAAAUAAGCGAUGCCGUUGAAGUUACCAAAAAAAAUAAAAGAGCUACAUUAAACAUUUGCUUCCCAUAUACUGGUAGAGAAGAAAUUUAUCAUUCCAUUAAUAAGAAUAUUAAACAAACACUUCAACAUAAACAAGAUAAAAUUGAUGAAGACACUUUAAAUUAUAAUUUAUACACUGCACAUUUACCUAAACUUGAACUUUUGAUAAGAACAAGUGGUGAAACAAGACUAAGUGACUUUAUGUUAUGGCAAGUUUGCGAAAGAGGUGUUAUGAUUGAAUUUUUAGAUGUCUUAUGGCCAGAUUUCACGCCAUAUCAAAUGGCAUACAUAUUAAUGAAAUACAUUUAUAAAAAAUCAGUUGGUAAACCAUUAAGAAAUAUAUCACUGGGCACAGAAUAUGACGGUGAAAUCCAAACUAAUAAUAAUACUACUAAUAAUAAUAACAAGAAUAAUAACAAUAACAAUCAUAAUAAUAAUAAUGAUAACAACAGGAAUGAUAAAAGUUGUAAUUAA